GUUUGACCACGUAUAAUAUUAAACAAUAAUAUUAUUAUCAUUAAUGCCGUUGUUGUUACCACUCGCCGGUCCACAUCGACCGAGGUACUAUUGUGAUACAAAUCCUUUCGGAGAUAACUGUUUAAUCAACAAUAUUAUUUUGAUAUUUGAUGGUCUGGUACCGUUUGAAUUGUUGAAAACACCGCUCGACGUGCGGAAUUGAACUAUGAACAACUAGACGACUUAACACAGGUUAAGAGUUAUUUGGGUAGAAUUAUCGUGUGUCGUCUGUUUGCGCAGAGUUUUAACGUUUAGAACGCCUUGUCGACGAUCUCGGCACCAUGUCAGACGAUUCGUCGUCCGAAGACGAAAUCACAAAGCGGAUACUCAAAGACUCAAUCGAUACUGAACUACUCACCAACGACUUGUACAGCGACAGCCCCAGCAAAAAACAACCUGACCAAAUUAAAAAUGUUAAUAGUGUACAAAUGAAACCAUCUCUCAGAAAUAUCAUUGAAGAUGAUGCACAUAAUCAUAAUUUUAUCAAGGUGACUCCGGAAUUUCAAGAAUAUGUUGGUAAAAGCUUAUUCAAACAUUUAGAAAGCCAAAUAAUUGAAAAAAAACCAAAACAUAAAAAAUAUAAAGUAAACAAUACGGACGAAACGAUAGGUAUUCAUUUAUUCAAUGGAUCGCCUAAAUUAUUCAACUCUUCAUUUGAUGAACCAAAAAUUGCUGUAAAGAGAAAACGUCAUAUUAAAAACACCAGUGAUGAACUCAUAUUACAGCGUGCUUCUGAAAUGGCCGUGUCACCUGAAUGGAUAUUAAACAAAGAUGCUAUUCAAGGUUGGGAAAAAGUGACCAAAGGAAAAGUUAUGAAAGUUAAAAGUAACCGUGAAGGUACAUUUGAUAUAAUCAAUGAUGAAAUUUAGAGGCGUAAUCGUAGCUCCUAGAAAAAUAUAUUAAUGUGAAGAUCCAUUUUAACUAAAUACCGUGGUGUAUUUUGUAAAAUAUUUUACUACCUACUAGUAUAUUACCACUAACUACUUCUUAAAAGAUCCUUUUUUACUAUGUUUAAACAUUUGUAACAAUAAUGUGCCAAUAUGUUGUAGUAGUAUACUAGUAUACUUCUAACUAUAUUGUAAUUACAAUUAUAUGAUAGUAAUGACAGAUCUAUGUCUUAUUGCUCAAGUCUGAAUGAUACGUCACUAAUUUAAUGUUGAAUUAAAAUUCAUGUAUUUAUAAAAAUC